AUGGAGUUAAAUAGCUUGAUUUAUGAGGAUAAAACUUGGUGGGUGGCCACUCUGCCUGCUGUUUUUGAAAUCCAAAACAUGUGUAACACUUGGCUUAUUGUCUAUGUCUUCUCAAUGAUAGCCUUUUUGGCUGCUUUUGCGCUCCUACUAUGGGUUUUUUCGAAUGCUGGUCCGGCUUGGAAAAAUUGCCAGACCCAAAUGGGUUGCGUCCAGAUUCCGGGAACUCGAGGGCUUCCCAUAUUUGGUAGCCUAUUCACAUUGAGUCGUGGCUUGGCUCACCGGACCCUGGCGGCCAUGGCAGCUAGCCAAGCUGCCACCCAGCUCAUGGCCUUUAGCUUGGGCUCGACUCCAGCUGUAGUAGCCUCGGACCCAGUCACUGCCCGAGAGAUCUUGACAUCUCCCCACUUCGCGGACCGUCCAAUCAAGCAGUCAGCUCGACUGCUCAUGUUCAGUCGAGCCAUCGGCUUUUCCCCUAACGGGGCCUACUGGCGGCUCUUGCGACGGAUCGCCGCCUCUCACCUCUUCGCACCCAAGCGCAUUUUAGCCCACGAGUCUGGGCGUAGGCUAGACUGUGCCGCCAUGUUAACCGCAGUGCAAAAGGAUCAAGCAUUCCAUGGGUUUGUAGCUCUAAGAAAGCACCUCCAGGUUGCCUCUUUAAACAACAUAAUGGGGAUUGUAUUUGGAAAAAGAUACGACACAGCGCAUGAUAGCGAAGAGAGUCGAGAGCUGCGUGAGAUUGUGCGAGAAGGGUUUGAUCUCUUGGGAGCUUUCAAUUGGUCGGACCAUUUGCCAUGGCUGAGCUGCUUCUUCUACGACCCUUUUCAGGUCAAUGAACGUUGCCUUGCUCUUGUUCCUCGGGUCAGAAGAAUCGUCGAGCAGAUUAUUGCUCAGCACAGAGUUAACGGACCCAUGAAACUCUCCGAUACCUCGGACUUCGUCGACGUUUUGUUGUCUUUGGACGGCCAAGAGAAGCUCCAGGACGAUGAUAUCAUCGCUGUUUUAUGGGAAAUGAUCUUUCGAGGCACAGAUACAACAGCGCUUUUGACAGAGUGGGUGAUGGCAGAAUUGGUGCUGAAUCCAGAGGUUCAGGCCAAGCUUCAACAAGAACUCCAAACCCUAACAACAGCCGUCGCAGACGCUGACGAGUCCAAAGUGCCCUAUCUCCAGGCAGUGGUGAAGGAGACUCUACGCAUGCAUCCACCCGGACCCCUACUCUCCUGGUCCCGCCUUUCCACGUCCAACGUCCACCUCAGCAACGGCAUGGUGAUUCCCGCCAACACCACCGCCAUGGUCAACAUGUGGGCCAUCACCCACGACCCACGUGUCUGGGAGGACCCUCUGCUCUUCAAGCCGGAGAGGUUCUUGACCCCGGAAGCCGCCGGCGCGGACCUGCGGGAAGGCGAUCUGAGGCUAGCGCCGUUCGGAGCCGGGCGCCGGGGUUGCCCCGGGAAGAACCUGGGGCUCGUCACCGUGAGCCUCUGGGUGGCGGAGCUGGUGCGCCAUUUUAAGUGGGUUGAAGAUGGGACUCGUCCCGUUGAUCUGAGCGAGGUACUGAAACUGUCCUGUGAGAUGAAGAACCCUCUCUCCGUGGUGGCAGUUCCAAGGGUUGGCGCCUCAACGUUUUAGGGUUUUCUUAAUUACUUACGUUAAUCCUCCUUUAUAUAUAUAUAAUUAAGAAUGUCUGUCUUCAUACACACACACACACAUAUAUAUAUAUAUAUGUGCAUAUGAUGUCUGUGUCCGAAUAAUAAAAGCACCGACCGUGUACU